AUGCCCUCUCGCCUUCUCGUGAUCAAUCCCAACUCGACAGAAGGUAUCACAACGGGCCUAGAAGAGUCCCUGAGUCCGCUGUGUCCGCCCGGCUUCAAGCUCGACUUCUUCACAGCUCCUUCCCACGCUCCAACGGGUAUCUCCGACUUUGUCACGGGCAUCCAGACGGCCGCAAUUUGCUUCGAGGCAUUGUCAACGAGUGGGGCUUUCGAGCGCUAUGAUGGCUUCCUCGUUUGCUGCUUCACCGAUCACGCCCUGCAACACAUGAUCCGCGAACACCUCGGCCCAACAUCGCCCAAACCCUGCAUCGGCAUGUUCGAAGCAGGAAUCUCCAAGGCCCUCAUCCUCUCGCGCAAGUUUGGCGUCCUCUCGACCGGCUUCGGCCCCAAGCCGUUGCUCUCGAAGGGCGUUUCGAGCUUUCUCGGGGCGUCGGGAAGCGAGAAGUGGGUUGGAGGCGUCACAUCGGGCAUCAAGAUUGAGGAAUUGCGGGAAGCGGACGAGCGGGAGAAGGUCGAGCGGUUGAUGAAGGAGACGGCGGCGAAGGUUGCGGCGCUGGGAGCAGAUUGCAUCAUCUUGGGAUGCGCAGGGAUGGCGGGAAUGGAGCAGCUCGUGCUGGAAGGCGUCAAGGAGGCGGGGUUGCAGGAUGUACGGGUUAUCGACGCGGCGAAGGCUGGACUGGUCAUGCUGGCGGGGAUGGUGAUGACAGAUAAGCAGUAG